AUAAAAGGCUUUUAAAAAGUAAAUUAAAUAAUUCAACUGGUUUAAUAUAGGUAAGCGUAAAUAUAAUAAUUCAAACUAUAGGGGUAAAAUGAAAAGGAUAAAUUAAUUGUGAGACUAAAUUCAAUUUUUUUUCCUCGUGAGCAGGUUAUAAAUAACUCGGCUAAUCACCACUCCAUUCCUCCUUUUCCUCGGCGCCUCUCCUCUUCUACGGCCGCAGGGGCGGAAGAAGCAGGACGCUUGUGGAGGACAAGAAAAACCCUAGUUUUCAUUGUCACAAGCACGCAUCGGUGGUUGGUAUUUAAAUAAAUGGUGAUGCAAACAUUGAUUACAAUACCGGCACCAACAGCACAAUGGCCAGCUUUUCUUCCGUCCCAGAGAUUAUUAGAGAAAAGGAGACUUCAAUUUAGCCAGAUUGGUCAAAGGCAUUGUUGUCUUACAUUUGCUACGAAAUUUGCUUCAUCUGCAAGGCUGCGGGUCGUGAAUUCGAACACAACUUGUGCUGCAACUCAAACUCAAAAGCAAACUGCAAGAAGUCGAUCGUCGACCAUCUCAACUACUCCCACAAAGGAUACCCCAAAACCUCGGAAGCUUUACGAUGGGGGCCAAGGUUUCCCUCCAUGGUUUGGCAGCGGUGGCGGCGGCAAGGGAGGUGGUGGCGGAAGUUCAUCGGGUGGAUUCUUUUUGUUUUCUUUAUUGGUAUUUUUUGAUUACUUAAAGGAACUGGAGGGGGAUGACUAAUAUAUUUCAGAUACAUUCCAUGCAUCCAUUUUCUAGUUGCAAAGGUUUUUCUUUUUCUUUCUUGUCUGUUCCAUCUACUAAU